GCGGACGGACGGCGUUAGACGAACAAAAAAUUUGUUGGUCUAUUAGCUGUCACAUCGAUUCCAAACCUCUAUAUGUAUAUUUACAUCCAUAUGUCAAGAGUCAGAUGGUUGUCCUAUUUAUAAAUCAAAACACAAAGCCGAAGAACGCACGACGGUGAGGCGAGUAUGUGUGUGUGUGCGAGUACGAUAGAGGUGCGUGCUUGCAUAUCCAUCUAUACACAUUUACGGAUGCAGUCCUUUGUUCACGUAGAUUACUGGUGGACCGCUAACAUCGGCAUGUUCACAUAUUUUCGAAAGUAGGGUCUCUUCGCAAAUCGCUUUGACCGACACAUUUAAUUAAUAUGGUCCUAUCGCUUGAUUUGUUGUGGCUAAUGUCAGUGGGGAUGAUGCCACAUCUUCCGCUGUGUAGAGGAAUAUAACGUUCUGUUUCGAUGUGUUGCUCGGAUAGAAGAGAAUAUUCAUUUCUCUGUUUUGAUUUUUUGUUCAUUUGCAUUUCGACCAUUUGUCUAGAUAGUUUGAUCACUGUUCGGUAUUACGCAAACGUUUUGGACGUUGUGUUUGUAUUGGCGUUUAUAGACAAUUUUUACGUUGGUCUAACAAAGGGAGUAACCAACUAUACCAACUAUGACAACUCCGAACAGAUGUGCUGUCUGCGAAGUACCGGCCUCUUUGAAGUGCAUGGCCUGCAAACAGGUGUUCUACUGUGGCAAGGAGCACCAGAAAAUACAUUGGAAAAAAGGCCAUAAGGCUGAGUGUAAAUGUUACGAGGUGGUAAAGAAUGAUGUACUGGGCAGACAUUUAAGGGCGUCGAGAGACAUCAAGCCCGGAGAAAUAAUAUUGAGGGAGUCCCCCCUUAUAUAUGGUCCUAAGGUGGCAUGCUCACCACUGUGCCUGGGUUGUCAUCGUACACUCCCCACGCCUGUGGGAAAUAAUUAUUACAAAUGUAGCAAAUGUGGGUGGCCCAUGUGUGGAACCGAUUGCGAGCUAUCAGAGCACCACGUAAACGAGUGUCAGCUUAUGGAGUCAAGGAAAUUCCGCGCAAAAAUUGACUACAGCGUCCAGACUGGUCGGAAGGAAUCGGCUUACUGUGUCAUUCUACCAUUGCGUUGCCUCUUACUAAAGACAAGGAAGCCUCUUGAUUUUGAAAAGUUCUCGGAAUUGGAAGAUCACUUGAAUGAGCGCAAGAAUACACCUUUGUACAAUGUUCUUCGGGCUAAUUUGGUUACAUUUGUCAAAACUAUAUUGGCGCUGAACGAAAGCGAAGAUGAGAUUUUGCGAGUUGCAGCCAUUUUGGAUACAAAUGCCUUCGAAGUGCGUCAAACCGGAGAGAGUCGGAAAGUCAGGGCCAUAUACCCCAUGGCUGCGAUGUUUUCCCACGAUUGCAUAUCGAACGCCCGCCACACAUUCGAUGAAAAGAUGAAUAUUGUCUUCAUCGCAAAAACUCCAAUUGCCAAAGGUGAAAUCAUCUGUACAUCAUACACUCAGCCGCUAUGGUCUUCAAUAAUGCGCCGCACGCAUCUGUCUCAGGCCAAAUGUUUCGACUGCACCUGUCGUCGUUGUCGCGACGAAACGGAGCUAAACACAUUUGCGGGUUCAAUAACAUGUAGUCACUGCAAAGUGGGAAAGGUUGUUUCCACAAACCCAAUGGACAAUAAUGCUGGUUGGAAGUGCCAGUUGUGUCCGCACCAGCUAUCUGCCAAGCAAAUACAUCUGGGAAAUGCGGCUAUCCAAAAGGAGAUUGAAUCGUUAGAUAAAUCCUCUGUGAAGGCCUUCGAAGAGUUCCUGUACCGUUAUCGUGUGACCUUACACGAAAAGAACACUCAUAUUUUGCAGGUUAAGUACGCUCUGUCACAGUUAUACGGAAAUGCACCCAACUUUUCAAUACACGAACUGAACGAUGCUGCGUUGAAAAGAAAAAUAGAGCUUUGCCAAGAACUGUUGGAGAUAGCAGAUAUCUUUGACGGUGGAUGGAGCAUCUUCCGUGGCAAUUUACUUUUGGACCUGCAGGAGGCAAUGGUGAUACAGGCAAAACGUGAAUUCCUAUGUGGUUUACUGACCAGAGACGCUACGCAGGAAAAACUGUUAGAAUCGAUGAACUUGUUGAAAGAAGCCAUCGACAUUAUGAAGUUGGAGCCGGACAUGAAGCAAGUGUUAAACGACCGAACACAACAGUUGGCCAAAGAACUGGAAGUGGAUGAAUAACAAAUACAUAAGUAUAUUGACUUGUAGAACUAUGAAUGUAAUUGCUUUAAUAAAUGGAAAGAUAGUAGA